AUGGCGCCCAUCUUCCUGAAGAGCUGCCACUGCCCGGCGCCCGCCAGCCUCGCACCGCCCGGCGCCGUGGCCCCAAGAAUUAGUUCGGGGGAUCGUGCUCGUCUCAGUCGUGCCAAUACCUUGGGGCUGAGAAGUGGCGCGACUGUUCCAUUUGGCUGCAGGGCGUCCGUGCACCUUGUGUACCCCUCCUUCAGAGGCCAUCACCUCAGCAGUUGGCCUCCGAGUCCCCUCCGAGGCUGGCGCAUGGUGGCGAUUACACCAUGUUUGGUUGUCAGACGACCUCAGGACCUUCCUGUGCGCUGCUGGCACUCGUCGCUCCCCCUUGGCGAUGACUCUGUAGUGAAGUCCCCCAAGUCCCUCAAGGAUAACAAAAAGCUGGAGGAGGGUGGCCCCGUGUACAGCCCCCCCGUGGAGGCGGCAGUGAAGAAGUCCAUCAGGCAGAGGGUCCUGGACGGGCUGAAGCACUACUACCACGGCUUCCGCCUGCUCUGGAUCGACAGCAGGAUCGCUGCCCGCACGCUCUGGAGGAUUCUCCAGGGCCACACCCUGAUCCGCCGGGAGCACAGGCAGUUUGUCCGGGUCUGCGCCGACCUCUUCCGCCUUGUUCCGCUCCUUGUCUUCGUGGUGGUGCCGUUCAUGGAGUUUCUGUUGCCCAUCGCUGUGAAGCUCUUUCCUAACAUGUUGCCAUCCACAUUUGAGACCCAGUCCGUCAAGGAGGAGAGGCUGAAGAAGCAGCUGCGGGUCAAGCUGGAGCUGGCCAAGUUUCUCCAGGACACCAUGGAGGAGAUGGCCAUGAAGAACAAAGCAGCCAAGGGGAGCGCCGCCAAAGACUUCUUUGUGUUUUUCCAGAAGAUUAGAGAGACGGGGGAAAACCCCAGCAACGAGGAAAUCAUGCGUUUUUCCAAAUUAUUUGAAGAUGAGCUGACCCUGGAUAACCUCACGCAGGCACAGUUAGUUGCACUGUGUGAGCUGCUAGAGCUCCAGACCAUAGGCACCAGCAACUUCCUGCGCUUCCAGCUCACCAUGAGGCUGAGGUCCAUAAAGGCUGAUGACAAGCUGAUUGCUGAAGAAGGAGUGGACAGCCUGAACAUCAUGGAAUUGCAGUCGGCGUGCCGGGCUCGAGGCAUGCGGGCGCUCGGGGUCGCGGAAGACCGUCUGAGGGCCCAGCUAAAGCAGUGGCUGGAUCUACACCUGCAUCAGGAGAUCCCCACAUCACUGCUCCUAUUGUCCCGAGCCAUGUACCUCCCAGACACCCUUUCGCCUGCAGACCAGCUCAAAUCCACGUUGCAGACCCUUCCAGAGAUCAUAGUGAAGGGAGCCCAGGUGAAAGUGGCUGAGGUUGAAGGUGGCCCAGUGGACAACCAGGCAAAGCUGGAGGCCACACUACAUGAGGAGGUGGCCAUCCAGCAGGAGCACCAGGAGGAGAAACUACAGAAGCUCUCCCAAGUGUUAAAGAAAGUGGCAGAAGCUGCCCCUGAGAGGGCAGUGGCUGAACAGCAGCCAGAAAUGCCAGAUGUGAUCCUGCCAUCAGAGGACCUGAAGGACACUGCCCCUCUGCUGGAGGUCUUGAAUGAAAAGGAAAUAACUAAGGAAGAAAUUGACAUACUCAGUGAUGCCUGUUCUAAACUGAAGGAGCAAAAGAAGUCACUAACCAAGGAGAAGGAGGAGCUGCAGCUGCUGAAGGAAGACGUCCAGGACUACAGUGAGGACUUGCAAGAGAUCAAGAAGGAACUUUCAAAGACCAGUGGAAAAAAAUAUGUGGAAAAAUCUAAAGCCAGCAAGAGAUUGACAAAGAGAGUGCAGCAGUUAAUCGGGCAGAUAGAUGGCCUGAUCUCACAGCUGGAGACAGUUCAGAGCACCAGCAAGCUGGGCCCAGCAGAGGGCUCACCUGCGGGAGAGAACAUCAUCAGUAUCACAGAUUUCAUCAACUCCAUGAAGCAAGUCAAGGACAUUCCAGAAAAGAAGCUGAUCAGCUUGGCCUCAACACUGGAUAAAAAUAAGGAUGGCAAGAUCAACAUGGACAGCCUCAUCAAGGUGAUUGAGCUGGUGGACAAAGAAGAUGUUCACAUCUCCACCAGCCAGGUGGCUGAGAUUGUGGCAAUGCUGGAGAAGGAGGAGAAGGUGGAGGAGAAGAAGAAGGCUAAGGAAAAGGCUGAGGAGGAAGCUGUAGAAGUGAAGAAUUAG